AUAAUCUGUGGAUGCUAGGUAGUGUGUGAAUGGCGAAUGCGAAAAACUGAUAGGUACCUACAUUCUAUGAAAUAGAUUAAAGAUUGGUCUAAUGAUUGUGCCUGUGGUGUGAUAAUUAAUUAAGUUUAGCAGUAAAUUGUCCCUCUCCAUUAACAUAAUUUUACAAUGGAUAAAAGAAAGUUAUCGACUGCUGGCGAUAGUCUCUAUCAAAUAUUACAAGUACCCAAAACCGCAACGGCUGAUGAUGUCAAGAAAAGUUAUCGUAAAUUAGCUUUAAAAUAUCACCCAGAUAAAAAUCCGAACAACCCAGAAGCAGCAGACAAAUUUAAAGAGGUAAAUCGUGCUCACACAAUCCUGAGCGAUGCUACCAAACGAAAUAUUUAUGACAACUACGGCUCUCUCGGCCUUUACAUCGCAGAACAAUUUGGAGAGGAAAACGUCAACGCCUAUUUUGUCGUUACAAGCACUUGGUGCAAAGCAUUGUUUGUUGUAUGUGGAAUAUUGACCGGAUGUUACUUCUGCUGCUGCUUAUGUUGCUGCUUUAAUUGCUGCUGCGGAAAAUGUAAACCGCGCCCACCAGAAGAGUCCGGUGACUAUCAUACGUUGGAGCGCGAUGACUCAGACGGUGUGCAGCCGGUAACAAUGCAACCCGGCGGAGAAGGGCGUCCCAGUGGCGAGCAAGCGCCACCGAUUGCGAUGCCCGCACCCCCUGCUCCUGGCGUGUCAGAAAAUACCGGCCUCAACACAGGUGGGGUGAAUUACGGAAUUUCACAAUAACUAUUUUCGAAGAAGCAGUAUUCCAAAAUACACUUGAAGUGUUUUCACCUAGUCUAAAGUAAAAUGUAAGAGAAAGAGGAACUGACUAUUACCACCACAAUUGCAACUUAUGUAAGCCUUAACUUAGUUUUUUUAUGUAAUUUUUAUUUCUAAAUACAGUAUUUUUUGUAUUUUUUAUUUUAAUUUCAUUAUUUAUUAUUAAAAUUACAUUUUGUUGAAUGAACUGUUUAUUGUUAUUAUUAUAUGUAAACAUAAACUUAUGAAACAUCACUGACUAAGCACUGACUAUAGAAAUUGUUCAACUACACAAUUUAUAUAAAAAGGUUGUUCAAAAUAUAAUGUAAACAUUAAUUAUUUCACUUUCGUUACAUCAUUUUGGUAUAUAUAUUUCCCAGAACAUAAUUAGUGGAUAACACAUGGAUAACAUUACAACUACAUACGUCACAAUAAACAUUUUAAUCAUAGCCAUCAUAGCCAUUCAUAUUAUGGACAUUCCAUCAUUAUGGACUCGAAAAACCUGAUUUUUUUUUUAUUUGAUAUUUCACAGUUAUUAUUUAUAUUAUUUCGUCGCUUUGUAAAAUUGAUUCGGUUUUGUUGUAAACCAGGAAAAAUUACCUGAUAACAUUUUUAGGUACAUAGGUAUGUACCUAUUAUAUUAAAGAUUUGGAACUUUUCUUAAAAUAGAUUGGCUUCGAUAAAAUUAGCUUAAAUUGGCAUAAUAACAGUUCCAUAACGGAAUUUACGCAUACUUGGCAUUGUCGCUGUCGCUGGAGCGGCAAGACGUUGAUUUGUUUGCCCAAAUAUAACCCGGAAUAUAUUUUAUUUUCGGAUUUCCAUAACCAUUAUUACGUGAUACGUCCAUUAUCUACUAAAUAAGUAAUAGGUACAUUAAAUCUUAUUUAUUUCUCAUUUAUAUAAUACCAUUUUUAAAUUGAAAAAUUCAAUUAAUGUUAAUUUCAUUUCAUAACUUGCAGUAUGAAGGUGGAUAGAUCAGUAAUACAAUAGAAUGUAGACUCCUUAUUUCUUGAAUCUUGUGGGCAUUAAAAUGAAGCACGAGUAUAACGUUUCGUAUACCUAUUCUACUUAUGAUAAUAAUUGUAUAAAAUAUGAUAUUUGCAUCUCUAGGCUUGAAUUUUAAGAUAAUAUGUUACCUAGUACGUAGAAAAUGUUGGCGUAGAUAGGAUGUAAAGUGUACUUUCAAUAUAUAUUUGGUGUUUUUGAAUCGUAUCGAAUGCUUUAAGUAUGACGCUUUGGUAAUAAUAUGUAGAUAGGUAUGUACCUACUUCUACUUUUGCAACGAAUAUGCUACGUUCUGAAGCAUAGAUUGUAUACUUACUUGGAAUAUUGUAUUCCUUAUUUAUUGGUAAAAUGAUAGAUAGGAUAAUAAAGAUUUAAAACAAUAUAAACGGACACAAUCAAAAUAUUUAAAAUAGACCCCAAUCGAAACAGGCCUGACAGGCCUUGUGACCGGCAUACUAUUAGAAAUUAGCUAAAUCGUUAAAUGUUAAUUAAAAUUCACGGUUGUUGUGUCAUUGUUAAAAUAUUUACCUGUUUCAAAGAUAUCAUCUUAUAUGUAUAUGUACCUAUACAAAAAUCAGUUGUUUAUGUAUUUGGUGUUAUUGUUUUACAUAUUGGGGACUAAGAAAACUGAAUCAUUUAACCUACCCAGUUUUGCUAGGCCUAUAGUGUAUGUAUUAUAAUGUAUUUUUAAUCCAAUUUAUCCAGUUUCACUUUUGGCUAUUUAAAAUAUAUUCCCACCUACAUUUUGAUCCUAUUUCCUAUAUGUAACAAAAACUAAGAAAUGUAACGUAAACCUGUUUCCAAACCGGUACUUGUCACCUGCUUGUGCUAUUUGUAGGCGAAGUAUGUAUCGUCAGAAUGUAAAUUGUUAUGAAUAAAUAAUUUCAAAAUCGAA